UCCUUCUCCCUAACUGCAGUUACAUUGUUUUUGUAGCAGUGAAUUGAAACAUGCCUAAAAAAAGACAAGUAUUCCAAGCACCUCCUCCCCCCACAAAACCACAAACAAAACCAACCAAACAAAAAAAAUCAACAAAUAUCAACUCUUUGUCUUUCUUUUAUGGAGGAUGUGAAAAUUAGGGAUCUCAGCAGAGAUUAACAGGUAGGUUUCUGCAUUAUAAUAUGACAUAUUUUUGAUAGGCACUUUGUAAGAGAGGGGUAGAAUUCAUUAAUCCUUCCCCCUUAUUGUGAAAGGAGAAAGUUGUAAAGUGAUUUGACCUUGGUUUAUCUCAGCUUCAACCUUUCUGUGCACAUUUCAAACAUGUUUAUUUGUCACACCCUGUGGUGGUAAGCUUUUUUUAAGAUUUUCCUUAACCUGAACUGUAACUGAUGCUGGUUAUUGCCCUGCAAUCACAUAGGCAGAAGCCUAGAGGACACUGAGCUCUCUUAAAAUUCUUUCCCUGAGGUGCAGGAGAUCCAUGGGGAGUUGAAAAUCGAGCGAAUGUGUGGCAGUCAAAUGGUCCUCUCUGAAGUCACAUUCUGCUGGGCUUUAACCAGUCAGGUCAGGAUGUCCAGCCCUGGGAGUAACAGCUGUGGCAACCUCCCUAGCAACUGGGAAACACUGGCAGCAAAAGGCCCUCUGUGUCCAACAGGCAAAAGGGUGACAUUUCUGCAUCCAGACUAAAUCCAGGUGGUGUAUUGUUACCUAUAGCUGGUAAGUGUAAAAUACUGCUGAGCCAAAGUACUUGGAGUUAUCCAGAAAAAGCAGCAUGAUUGCCUUUGUCAGUGCACUGGUUUAGAAACAGGGGUGUUAAAAUGUGCUUUAGUGUAAAGUGAUAGUUGCCUUUCUUUGCAAAGUAUUACUGAUUCCAUCUUGUUUUGGUUUAUAACAGCAAUUUGUGCAGUUAUGAAAUAAAUUGGUAUAUUGUGCUAAUUUUCUGACUUAAAUAUUAAUUUUUCAGCAGUUAAUCCACUCUUCUUGCUGGAUUUGCUGUGCUAGUUUUCUGAGAUUAUGUAUCUAUCUGGGAAUCUCCAUAAAAAAGUCUUCCAGAUCAUAUUUCUUAGAUAAGAGACAAAAUAUCAUCUAAACAUGAGUGCUUAAACUGCAUUUUGUAAAAUAAAUUAAGCACUUAAAUUUUAUAGGUUGUUGAAUUUCCAUGCAAGUGUUAUCAUAAGUGUUUCUAAGCAAUGUUUAAAAAGAAAAAAAUUAAUGGAAGCUUGUCUACUACAUCUUUUGAAAUUACCAGAGAUAGAAUCACAUCAUUGAUCUUACAGUGACAGCCUCUGAAUAGGUAUCACUUGUCACAUCUGAGCAUCUCAUUCUUUCUUGUUGCAAGCCAUAAUCCUACUGUUAAUAAAACAUGACAGGACAGCUGAAAGAUCAAAAUAUUUCCUCUUAAUACAUCAUUAUAAAUAAAUAACAGGGAAAUGUAAUCUAACAUCAAGUUCAAAACCUGUCACGUUUACUCAGCUUGUCAACUUCAGCUGUAAUUUGUGUCUCAGCUUGUAAAACAGGGAAGGUUUGGCUGGGUCUGUACAAGAAAGCUUUAAAGGAAGAAUGUAUGUAUAAGAAAAGAGAGCUGGAAACAAAGAAGGAAAAAAAUGUUGGAGGGAGGUGAAAGUUAUUUUCCUGGGGAUUUUCACAGCAUUUAUAGUUUCCUUGAGUGUUUUUUUCCAGGUUAAGAUUUGGGUAUGUGAAGAUCACUGAAGUCAGUCAUGUGGGCUCAUCUGGCUAAAUGCCAGUCUGAAUAUUUUGAAUUCAGUGUUUUUAAACCAAAAUAAACAUUUAAUCAAAAUUACUGUGUUCUUGAGGUACACUGGCCAGCACUUGCUUGUUGUCUCAUUUUUUUCCAGCAGGUCACAGCCGAGUCCUGCAGGAAACAGCUUUUCCAAGUAUGGCUCGUUUGGAAGGGUCCCUGCCCAGGGGUCACAGGUAUUGCAGUGUGAGGCCAGUUUUGGACAAGUUUUCAUGUUCCACUGUCAUAUCCACAAUUAAUCCCUGCUGCAGGGGCUCUUUUGUUAUGUAUCCUGCCUGGAUUGCUGAGCACCUUGACCCCAAAAGGUGCCAGUGGAUCAGCCACUGCCUCCCCUCCCCUGGCCCAGGAUGGAAGAGCCUGGGGGAAUCAGGGAGCACGGACAGCAACGUGCCUGUGCUGGCUAGAGGGGAACAAGAUGGAUUUUAUUACCCUGGUACAGUAAAAGAGGAGAUAGAGAGUGAAAGAGGCAUGUUCCUGGUAGAGUUUGCCAAACCACUAGUGUCACGUGGAAGGCAUCCAGUGUGUGUGCAAAAAACAGCACAGGAUGACAUCCUGGAAUAUGUGAAUGGGAUGAAGCACUCCUUGCUCCCUGGAGACAGAGUGCUGGCACCCUGGGAGCCAGAUAGGGCCAGGUAUGGCCCAGGAACUGUCCUCAGAGGCAUUGAGACAAGGGAUCCCUUACGAGCCUCAGAAGAUGAAGAAAUUACAGUCCAUUUCUGGAAUGACAAGCAAGUGAAACUCCCCCGUGGUGUGGCUCUGUGGAUCCCUCCUAGCCUGUGGGAGAGGAUUGUGGAGAUGAUCCACAUGCCCUUCACCAGCAGGCUGAAGCCCAGACCAAGCCAGGACUCUAACUCUUGUAUUUGUUCCUGCAGUCCUAAGGCAGCCCUGAUUCCUGUUUGUGCUCUGUGUAGCCUUGCCAAGCACUGCUUUCUCUGCUCUCCCUGCUGGCCACAUUUCCACCACCACUGUGCUGGUGGUGUCUGCUGUUCAUCAGCCUGGGGAAGGUGCAUCUGCUGCUGCCAUCCCUGUGCUGGUGCCUGGUGGCCUCUUCCCUCCAGGUCUCUGGUCUUUCAGGACAAAGCUGAAGAGGCAGAGUCCAGCAGUGAGCUCUCUCCAGGCCUUCUAGAACUGAAAGGCACAAAAGAAAGAGAAGCUGCAGCUGUGGCAACAUCUUCUCCCUCUUCUGAUUCAGAGAGGGACCUGAAGCCAUCCCCUACUAAGAGUACUCUGGGGGACAGUGCUGUUAACUCAGGCUCCAGCUGUCUUGAAAAGCCCAGGCUAAGGAAUUCUGCAAGACCUGAGGGGGAAUACUGGAAAAGAAGCUACCACAAGUCCCAUUACAGUAAUUCAGGACCUGGAAAUUGUACAAAGGACCAUCUGGAAUCCAAAGUCAUCUCCACUGGGGACAUGUCCAGUGUGGCCCCGGCUCAGCAGAAUGCAAUGUUUGAAACCACUGAGCAGACUCCCAGAGGGCAACUUACACUGAAAAAAAUCCUAAGAAACCAAGAUUUCAAGCCAUCAUUGAGGGAAGGCUUUGCAGCAUCAGAAGAACAAAGAUACAAAGCAGCAUCAGAUGAUAAAUGUGAAGUGACUUGUGCUGGAGCUGACAAACCUGAUGUUACAGACUGUCAGAGCUCACUUGCAGCAAAGCAGAGAGAGACAUGAUCAACCAGAAUUCAGUACAUUUACAACUGAUCAAGUUCAGGGGCUGAAAUUUCAGGUAAACUGCUUCUACUCUAUCAGUGUUAUAUUUUUUAAACAAAUCAAGUUCUGCUUCAGGUACUGUCUCAGCAG